ACGCACACACGCCGCAGCACUGUUGUGUCUGCAGUUCGAAUUAACCGUAAACUGAAACAUAGUGAGGAUAUGAAUCGGUUUCUAACGCCAUGCGUCCUCCUCGUGUAACCGGGUGAGCUCGCCGGUUAUUCGGUUAACCACGGCGAACAUUAGUCGGCGUUAAAGCGGGUAAACUGUGUUUAAAUGAAAGCGUUGUUUGGAGCCGCUGAACAAAGAGCCUGUCUUCCCUCUACCAUUGUUACCGAGCUGAGCGCCUGUUUUCUAACUUAUUCAGAGGGGGUUUCGGACCGUAAAAGUGAGGGGUGGCCCGUGCUCCAGUCAUGACCUCUGGGAAUGGGACCACUAAUGGCAGCCAGCACAAUGGGGAGAGCAAACCCGCCCAGGCGUUAGACAAGACCCAUGUCCUCACCCACCUGAUCGAAGGCUUCGUGAUCCAGGAGGGUGCUGAACCUUUCCCUGUGGAGCGUCCGUCUUUCUCCAUCGAGUGCUACAGGAGACACACAGACUCAAAGAUGGACGGCAUCUUCCCAAAGGAGCUGAAGGCCCAGCAGGAGCCCUUGCUGACCUGCGAGCUGUGCGGCAGAGUCGACUUCGCCCACGUCUUCAAAAGAUCCAAGAGGUUCUGUUCUAGGAAGUGCGCCAAACGCUACAAUGUGGGCUGCACGAAGAGGAUGGGUCUCUUUCCAAACCGUCAAAGUAUGCUGGAGAACAUGAAGAAACCGAGAAUGCUGAACGGAAACCACAAAAUAUGUAGUUUAGACAUGAAAAAGAAGACUGCUCUCUCUGUGCAGAAACCGUCUCCUCCUCCUCCUCCUCCUCCUGCUGCUGCUCUGUCCCCGGGUCACUUGGUCCAUCCUGCACAGGGGGAGUCCAGCCUGUGUUCGGACUUGACAGGCUACAAAAGACCCCCGUCCCCCCCGUCGCCCACCCAGCGGGUUCCUGCUGUGCGAGGCUCUGAUCUGCCCUCGCUGCCCCACAGCUUCCUGCCCAGCGACCCCGGCCAGUGGAACAUAGAGGACGUCUACGAGUUCAUCUCCUCUCUGCCAGGUUGUCUGGAGAUCGCAGAAGAGUUCCGUUCUCAGGAGAUCGACGGUCAGGCUCUGAUGCUGCUGAAGGAGGAUCAUCUGAUGGCAACCAUGAACAUCAAACUGGGACCUGCGCUCAAGAUCUUCGCCCAGAUCAGCAUGCUCAAAGACUAUUCGUAGCCCCUCCCCUUUCUCCCCUAACACACACACACAUGCACCCUUACUGGACAAACAGGAUUUGCUCAGGAUCCCAAACUACCUUAAAGUGCGUUUGCUGGAUGUUGUCACGGCCUGCUGAACACAGAGACUCAUCUCAGACUGUUUGAUCUCUUCACUGUGGAGCCUCAGAGGUACAGAGGAACCACCUGCUAGGUAGGCUGUGUUGUGAUCACAUUUGUUUUAAUAAUGUUUGACUGUACCUUUAAGUUCCUCCAGGAGAGGUGUGUGGUUAGCGUUUAAUUUGUUCUCAUUACUCACCCUGUUUAAUUAGAAGAGAGUUUUCUCUGAGCAUCCUGUGCAGAGAGAAAACUAUCCCUUAUCCCAAACUUGUACUACCUAUCCUGGUCCUGCACUGUUUUCUCUGCACGGAGCGUUCCAACACAUUCACCACAGGGUCAAAGUCCUCCUUGUCUAAAUGAUUUUUACACUCACGCAUGUUAGCUGCAGCUCUGAGCCAAUCAGUCAUCAGUAUCAAUCAAAGAAGAUUUGCAUUGAUUUGAUAAAUACUUAAAGAUCUGAGUUAAAAAAGGAUCAAAUGCCUAGCUCAAACUCUUUCCAAACUAUUUAUCGUGGAGGAUUUGGUCGAUACCUUUAAAGUCAGGGUUGGUAAUUUCCUCCAGAUCCACUUUUUUAAGAUUCUGGUUGAAAUUGUCUUUAGGUCCUGACAGAAAUUAAUAAGUCAUGUUCUCUGAAUAAGGAACAAAUAAAAUCCCUCAUCUGUAACAGUUGUAAGCCUGUAAAAACUUCAACCAAUGUCUGCCAUGAGGUACCAAUCUGAUGAACCAAUCAGACGCCUCCCUGUCUCCCUGCUCGCUCUCUACCCCUGAGCGUGCUCUAGCCCACAAUCAAAGUGUGUCCCCGAUGACUUUUGGAGUUUAUACUGUGAGUUUACUUACCUCUGAAUGAGACAUGAGACGACGUAGUUUCUACACAAUGCAAGAGAUGAGCUGAGGUCCACUUCUGGAACAAUGGCACUUGUGCAUGUCAGUGAGGGGCGUGGCUUUAGACGGAGCACUGAGGGAAUGCUACUUUCAAAAUCAUGCUAGUUUUCAAAAAUGACCAACCCUGCCUUUAAAGAUAUUUAGUGCUAAAAUCCGCCCUAUUGAUAAUUUUCAUGACGGUUUGGAUAUUUGAGCGUUGAUCGUCCUUUUUAAAAAAUGCAUUUCCUAAUGCAGAAAAGUUUCCAGGUCAAGGCUGAUUUAUACUUCUGUGUCUAAGUGUCUCUGCUAAGAGGUCGGACUUUAAAACAGACGCACAAAAUGCUGCGUCAUCCUACUUUAUCAAUUCAUGUUUAUUUCAUGUAUAGAAGAAACUUCAGCCCUUUUUGUAAUUUGAGUGAUUUUGCAACCGAGUCAUAUUGGUGUCCCAGUCUGUGUAUUCACAGUGCCUUAUAGUGCUUUCACACUUGCAGAAAACUCCAGGAGUUUUUUACUCGUGUUUAUUCUGCAGAAAGUCAGAGUGAGCUGAUGUGAGAACGCAGCAGGAUAUAAUCAGGAGAAUUCACCUCGAGCCAGUGGGAGUAGACGUACUGUGAAGUAUGGCACUUAGUUAUUCUGCAGGAGCAGAAAUCAUCCACAGUCUGUGUUCUGUUUCCACAGGAAGAGACGGUCAUGAGUGCCUUUGUGACACAGAAGUAUAAAUCAGGUUCAAACUUAAAGUCUGUGACUCAUUUCAGUUCUUCUUUUCCCAAAGUGCCGAGCUUCUGAAAUGUGUCCGAGCGGAGUCUCCUUUGAGCCACGGUUAAAAAAAAAAGAA